UCUGUCCACGCGUCGCACAUCGGCGUCAGGUCAGCAUAGCCUCGAGCCUCGAGGCUACAUACUUUACGUCUUUCUCUCGCCCAACUCCUAUCCAGUAUACACUGCCUGAGCUUCUUGGCACUCCUUCUCAAUGUACAAACGUAUCCUCCCGCACUCCUGUUAACCCGCGGCCCGAUCUUCUGCUUCGCGCGUGGCACCGACGACUCGACGAGCACGCAAUAAUAAUCACGACCGACCGCACAAUCCAAAUCCACCCCCUACGCUCGCUCCUCCCCUGCGACCGAUCCAAACUGGCUGGCCGUCUGCUCCCAUCCAUUCUUCGCCUGCCGCGAUGGAGGCAAAAGACCGCGUGGAGGAGGAAGCGCUGCUGGACCGAACAUACUCUGCGAGCAGUGUCGAGAGCCAGCAUGAGGAGCAGCUGGAGUUCGAACUCGACGACUUCGCCGACGCCGAAGAUCAUGCAUACGAAUCCUUGACAGGAGCGCGGAGACCAAAAUGGCUGCGAUUCCGAGUACACAAGCGAGCCGGCUCUGCCUCUUCACUCUUCACCUUCCACACUCCACGACGGCGGAGAUCACUUCAUUGCCGAAUACUCCAACUUGCCCUCCUGGCACCCUACAUCAUAUUCUCAGCAAUUGUAAUAUGCGGACUAUUCUUUCCUUCCUACGCGAACCCGCCGGCACGCUAUUGGGAGUUGCGACAUCGGAUACAAGAAUUCGGUCAAAGAGUGAACGAUGGUAACGAGAAGAUAUACAUCGCAGCGAGUCUGUACGAUCACGAGGGCGAAGUGGUGUCAGGGCAAUGGGGGCAAUCGGUGCUGCGUCUAAUCAAAAUAUUGGGACCUGAGAAUGUAUUCUUGAGCAUCUACGAGAACGAUCCAGAUCCGGGCGCGCUGGCCGCACUCGAUACCUUCAGAACGAACAUCACCUGCCAGUCGGCCAUAGUAACAGAACGACUGGACCUCGCCGAGUUUCCCCACGUCUCUACACCUGAUGGCAGUCAACGUUUAAAGCGUAUGCAGUUCUUGGCGGAUGUACGGAAUCGUGCUCUUCGACCUCUUGAAGAUGAGAAAUCGCCCGCUUACAACACGCGAUUUGACAAGCUCCUCUACCUCAACGAUGUCGUCUUCGAUCCAAUCGAUGCAGCCAACCUUCUCCUCAACACCAACGUCGAUGAAAGUACCGGACGUGCUUCAUACCGAGCUACUUGUGCAGUAGACUUUAUCAACCCUUUCAAAUUCUAUGACACCUUCGCAACUCGGGAUCUGGAAGGCUACGAUAUGGGCGUACCGUUCUAUCCCUGGUUCACCAACGCCGGUAAGGGAGAAAGCAGAAAAGAUGUCUGGCAUCAAAAAGACGCCGUCAGGGUAAAGAGUUGCUGGGGAGGCAUGGUAGCAUUCGACGCCAAAUACUUCCAAGCACGUCUCUACUCCUCGACCGCACAAAAAGAAUCCCUCUCCACCGGCAACAUCCUCGAACCACAAACCUUCCACUACGAACCUCACCAUGGCCUCCGCAACCCCGACAACCUCGCCAUCCCAUCACCAAAUUCCUCUUCCCUCCGUUUCCGCGCCGAAACAGAUACCUACUGGGACGCGUCAGAAUGCUGUCUCAUCCACGCCGACCUCGCAGCCAUGGGAUCCCCACCCCUACCCAACGACACAGGCAUCUACAUGAACCCCUACAUCCGCGUAGCAUACUCCUCCAACGUUCUCCCCUGGCUCACCUUCACCAAACGCUUCGAACGCUUAUAUCCCAUCAUCCACAGCAUUGCGAAUUUCAUCGCCCAACGCCCGAGCUUUAAUCCCCGACAAUUCCAGGAGCCGGGCGAUGAGGUUGAGAAUGUUGUUUGGACGUGGAAGAAUGCAUCUCGUAAAGCUGGGACGCAUCCGAAUUCAGAGGUAUUGGGAGGGCACUUUGAGCGGGUGAAGAGAAUCGCGUUGCCUGGAGGCUUUUGUGGGAUGAGGAAAUUGUAUUAUAUUAACGAACAUCCUUCGAAAAAAGGAGGGUCGAAGUGGAUGGAGGAUAAGUUGCCGAUUGUUGGGAGGAGGAGAUGAGG